GCCAUGGUCCCUGACGUCCCGCGUGGGCAAGGAACCAUGCGCGCAGGGGGAGAACAGCAAACUCCCUAAGAUGCAGAGAAACUGAAUGCCUGCCAAGAAAUAAUGACCAUCAAAAGCGGCCACAAAGAUGAUUAAAAGAAAUGCUGACCACCUGGAACCUUAUCUCGCUUUCUCAAGGCCCACAAACUUUAUUCUGCUACAACUGUCUUUCUAAAAUCUUUCCUUUUUCUGGUCAUUGAUUGCUAAUUAAAAAACAUACAUAAUUUAAUAAUUAGGCUAAUGCAAAUGAAACAUUACUAAACACUGUGUUAUAAUAGAAUUGUUAGUUUAAUAAUCUUUCUAUUAUGUGCUUAACUUUAGUACCUUUGAUAUUAACUGCAUUAUAAAAUAAAUUCACCCAUGACAAUUAAUUAUGAGUAAAAAUGAUAGUUAGUGCAACUAGAAAAUAAUUAUAUAAAACAGUAGAAGGAAUUUAUAGCCUGUCCAAUUAGGAAUGAGGCUAGGUCCAGAUGUAACUUCGGACAUAAAUCACUGCCCUGUCAAUUAAGCUAAGUCUAUGAGCAAACUGAACUCUGAUGUUCACUGUUCCUAUGCUUUUAGAAAAACAUAUAUAUACUGACCACUAGCUUAAUAAAGACGCACUCAGAUUUUCACUCUCUUGAAGUGUGUCUGUGUGUCAUUUAUUCAUCGAAUCCCUGACCACCCUGCGCAAUCUCUCAACCCUGAGACGGCCUCAUCGUCCAUCGCUGUGCUGGUCUGCGGCACACCAGUCCCCCAAAUAAAAGGGACCCUCUCCCUGAAGCUCCUUCAGAUACAGUGUCGCUGCUUCAGACCCUGGAGUCCAGGAAGCUUUUUUAAAUGACCAGAACAGCUCCUUCACAUGAAAUCAUCAGAUGCAAAAGUCCGCGAGUCAAUGGCCAGGGUCCGUGGCUUCGGGGGACCGCGGCUCUUGGCGCUGCUGUGGAUGCUGGAGCAGGCGCGCGUCGCGGGAGCGGCGGGCUCCGUGCGCCUGGCCGGCGGCCUCACGCUGGGCGGCCUGUUCCCAGUGCACGCGCGGGGCGCGGCGGGCCGGGCGUGCGGGCCGCUGAAGAAGGAGCAGGGCGUACACCGGCUGGAGGCCAUGCUGUACGCGCUGGACCGCGUGAACGCCGACCCAGACCUGCUGCCCGGCGUGCGCCUGGGCGCGCGGCUGCUGGACACCUGUUCGCGGGACACGUACGCGCUGGAGCAGGCACUGAGCUUCGUGCAGGCGCUGAUGGGCGGCCGCGGCGACGGCGAUGAGGCGGCGGGGCGCUGCGCGGGCGGGGUGCCUCCGCGCCGAGCCGCGCCCCCAGAGCGCGUGGUAGCUGUUGUGGGCGCCUCUGCUAGUUCCGUGUCCGUCAUGGUCGCCAACGUGCUGCGCCUGUUUGCGAUCCCCCAGAUCAGCUACGCCUCCACAGCCCCUGAACUCAGCGACUCCACACGCUAUGACUUCUUCUCCCGGGUGGUGCCACCUGACUCCUACCAGGCCCAGGCCAUGGUGGAUAUCGUGCGGGCAUUGGGAUGGAACUACGUGUCCACGCUGGCCUCCGAGGGCAACUAUGGUGAAAGCGGGGUUGAGGCCUUUGUGCAGAUCUCCCGGGAGGCUGGGGGGGUCUGUAUUGCCCAGUCCAUCAAGAUUCCCAGGGAACCAAAGCCUGGAGAAUUCAACAAGGUGAUCAAAAGACUCAUGGAGACACCCAACGCCCGGGGCAUCAUCAUCUUUGCCAGUGAGGAUGAUAUCAGGAGGGUCCUGGAGGCUGCACGCCAGGCCAACCUGACUGGCCACUUCCUGUGGGUCGGCUCAGACAGCUGGGGAGCCAAGACUUCCCCCAUCCUGAACCUGGAGGAUGUGGCCAUAGGGGCCAUCACUAUCCUACCAAAAAGGGCCUCCAUCGAUGGAUUUGACCGAUACUUUAUGACCCGCUCCCUGGAGAACAAUCGCCGGAACAUCUGGUUUGCCGAGUUCUGGGAAGAGAAUUUUAACUGCAAAUUGACCAGCUCAGGUACCCAGUCAGAUGCUUCCACCCGCAAAUGCACAGGUGAGGAACGUAUCGGCCAGGACUCUACGUAUGAGCAGGAGGGAAAGGUACAAUUUGUGAUAGACGCUGUGUAUGCCAUCGCCCACGCCCUCCACAGCAUGCACCAGGCACUCUGCCCCGGGCACUCAGGCCUGUGUCCUGCCAUGGAGCCCACCGAUGGGCGGAUGCUGCUGCGGUAUAUUCGAGCCGUCCGCUUCAACGGCAGUGCAGGAACCCCUGUGAUGUUCAAUGAGAAUGGGGAUGCACCUGGGCGUUAUGACAUCUUCCAGUACCAGGCGACCAACAGCAGUGCUGACAAUGGCGGUUACCAGACAGUUGGCCAGUGGGCAGAGACACUCAGGUUGGAUGUGGAAGCUCUACAUUGGUUGGGAGACCCCCAACAGGUGCCUCCAUCUCUGUGCAGUCUCCCCUGUGAACCUGGUCAUCGGAAAAAGAUGGUGAAGGGUGUGUCAUGCUGUUGGCACUGUGAGGCUUGUGAUGGGUAUCGUUUCCAGGUGGACGAGUUCACAUGUGAGGCCUGCCCUGGGCACAUGAGGCCCACACACAACCACACAGGCUGCCGCCCAACACCAGUGUUCUGCCUGACCUGGUCCUCACCCUGGGCAGCCCCACCCCUCCUCUUGGCUGUGCUUGGCAUCAUGGCUACCACCACAGUGGUGACCACCUUUGUGUGGCACAACAAUACACCAAUUGUCCGGGCCUCUGGCCGUGAGCUCAGUUAUGUCCUGCUCACUGGUAUCUUCCUCAUCUAUGCUAUCACCUUCCUCAUGGUGGCUGAGCCUGGAGCUACUGUCUGCGCUGCUCGGAGACUCUUCCUGGGUCUGGGCACCACCCUCAGCUACUCUGCCUUGCUCACCAAGACCAACCGCAUCUACCGCAUCUUUGAGCAAGGGAAACGCUCAGUCAUGCCUCCGCCCUUCAUCAGCCCCACUUCACAGCUAGUCAUCACCUUCAGCCUCACCUCUGUGCAGGUGGUGGGUGUGACUGCCUGGCUGGGAGCCCAGCCCCCAUACAGUGUGAUCGACUAUGAAGAACAGCGGACAGUGGACCCAGAGCAGGCCAGAGGGGUGCUUAAGUGUGACAUGUCUGAUCUGUCCCUUAUUGGCUGCCUGUGCUAUAGCCUCCUGCUCAUGGUCACAUGCACAGUGUAUGCCAUUAAGGCCCGAGGUGUGCCUGAGACCUUCAAUGAGGCCAAGCCCAUUGGUUUCACCAUGUAUACCACCUGCAUCGUCUGGCUGGCAUUUGUGCCUAUCUUCUUUGGCACUGCCCAGUCAGCUGAAAAGAUCUAUAUCCAAACGACCACACUGACUAUUUCCUUGAGCCUGAGUGCAUCAGUGUCCCUCGGCAUGCUCUAUGUACCCAAAACCUACGUCAUCCUGUUCCAUCCGGAGCAGAAUGUACAGAAGCGGAAGCAGAGUCUUAAGACCCUCACAGUGGCAACCCCUCCUAAGGAUGAGGACACGGAGGCCCCCAAGUAACAAGUGGAGGAUGGCUGCUCUCUUUCCUGUCCUUCAUGGUGGAGCAUGAAGAGCCCAGGUCUCCAGUGAAAAGCCAGAGGCAGGGAGUCCACAAAGGCCAUGACAAGCAAAACAAGGCCUGUCUGCAGAGACCUGGAGCCCAUGCCACAUUUCCUACCCCCCACUCCCCUGAUUUUCUAUAUAUGCUGGCUGCACAGUUCUUCCCUGCAGACUGAACUUCUACUCCUGCUGGGAAACAACCAAUAAGGGGAUCAUACUCUGAAGAGGACUAAAAUUACACUUUCUUGUUUGGGCUUGGCUUAGUCUGAGUGAGAUUUCUUAUCCCUUGACCUACCACUGUAAUCCAGGAUUUUAUAGCACCAAGAAUGCUGAGAUUCUAGAAUGACAUCUAGGGUUGAGGGUAGAGAGGAACAAUUUCCUCAGGAGAUCUGUGGGUGUGUGUACUGCACUGAGUAACGUGGACUUGGGUGAAUAUCGUGCUGGCACAGAACCUUGGACAAGAGUCCUUUGAAAGAGGAUGCAAAGGAACAGGUUUGAAUGCAGAAACUGGGAAUUAUCCCCCAAGAGGUUACUCAUACCAAGGUCUUUUCCUUGGAAUCUAUUUCCCCUGAGGUCUGGGGGAAGUCAAACCUAAAGUAGCUUAAGUACAACACACUCCCUUGUGUAUUCUCUUAAAUGACCCUGCGCCUUGAGGAAGUCAGAUCUACUUGUAUAGUGUUAGUUGUGUGAAAAUAAAGCGAAAUAAAAAAUGAUAUCCAAACUUCUGUCCCAAUAUUUACUGGGGGUCCCCUUCAAAAGGUGAGCAAGAAUUCUCUAGCAUUUAGUAUGUGGAACAGAUUUUGAAGAUCAACUAACCACAUCCCAUAAAACAUAGAGACUCUUCUCUAAACAGAUUCUUUGGUGUAUUAUAUGUUUUACUUUGGGAUAAGCUAAUAGGGUUUUAUCCAAGAAUAACAUUUUUUCAUAUUGAAUAAGAUCUAGGCUAUACUUAUGGGCUUUCAUGUUCAUUUACCUCAAAUUAUUUCUCUCCAGUAUGAAUUACAUGGUCCAAUGAAAGUGGGGUUCUGGAUUAAAGGCUUUUCUCCAUUACAAUCACAAUGUUUCAGUGGGAGUUUUCUAAAACAGAGUAAGAUUACAUUUUGAUAGAAGCUUUUACUCAUGUAUGCAUGUGUCCAGUGUAUUGAGAGACUGGACCUUUUUUAUAUUAAUGUAUUCUCAUAUUUUAACACCAGUGUAAGUUCUUUUGUACAUGUUUAUUAUACUUAUUAUGGCUUUAUUAAUUUCAUUCUUUUGUUCUUUAAAAUAUUCCCCCAAAUUCAUUACAUUUAUUGUCUCACUUUAUUU